AUGUCCAGGAACAUUCUUGAACGGUGUUUGGCAACCACGAUCGCAAAGCGGGAGAAAAUCGCUCGCCUUGAACGACCGAUGUGGUGUAGAGGUGUGUCAUUGGGGGAGGAGUCGGAGAGAGAGAGAGAGGGAGGGAGGGAGAAGACCCCACCAUCAACGAUGGAUCCAAAGGGGGGCCAGUCACGAGCCACGAGCCACGAGCAUCCGCUGGAGGUGGGAAAUUGA